UUCAGCAAGAACUACAUUCAAACGUUUUCUAAUUUCAAAUCAAUCGAAUGCAUUCACGACUUAUUUUGGAUCAACAGCAGCAUUUACAUCAACAUUUGCAGCAUUUGAAUACGUCAACAAAUUUCCAUCAGCAUCAUUUUUUGGAAAAGUGUCGCUGUGCGGCCCGAGCCCCAUUGAAUUGCAUACAGGGUCAUAGUCAUCAUCAUCAUCACCAACACCAACACCAACAGCACCACCCGACCCAGCAAUACCAUCAAACGUCCACACCAAGACAAAGUCAAUUGCUAGCGCCGGCAUAUUCUCAUCAUCAUCAUCAAUAUCAAACGCACUCCAAUUCCAAUUUCCAACAGCAUCAACAACAACAACAUCGUCAACUACAACAACACCAACAACAAUAUUAUACACCACAACCAUUGCAGCAUCCUACGCUGCGACAGUCAGUCCCUCCACAACAGUUUUUGCAUUCACAGACCCGACGUCUGCAUCAUCAUUAUCAACAUCACCAUCACAGUUCGGCAGCAAUUGUAGCUAACGGCUCUCUCUCGACCAACAACAACCAGCAGCUACAACAGACGCAACCUUUAAUCAAACAACAUCACUCCCUGGUCCAACAUUUACACCAACAUCAUCCGCCUCCUCUACAACAGCAAACGCAUUAUCACCAUCAUCACAGGCAAUCGUCGUCUUCGGCCACCUUCGUUGCCAGCAGCAGCAGCAGCAGCAGUGUUCCAGCCAACAACUGUUGUUCACCUUUGGUCGCCGCCGCUGCAGCUGUUGCCACUGCUGCAAUCUCGUCGUCAUUAUCACCAGUGACACCCAACAGUUGUUCGCCUGCAACGAUAGCAACACCACCAUCACCAGCGCCACCUCCUCCGCCACCAAAUCCAGCUGCAACAAUGUAUCGGCGUCACAACAACCUGUCCUAUUGUGGGGUUUCAAGUCAAGAGCCCGGUCAAAACUAUCAAGUUCAAUAUGUGGAUACUGAGUUAUAUCACAGCAAUUCAAGUCAAUCGCAAAUGACAUAUCCGUUUUGUCCCAUAGGAGAUUACCAACCACCCAAUGGACAAUCCUACUAUACUACCACACACACAGCUAACUAUUCUACUGCGGUUCCAUUGAACGCUCCGACGGUACCACAUCAUUCGACGCUGCCAUACAUUGUGCCGACGGAAGAAACAUUGCUGUUGAAUGCCUCAUCGCAGACACACAGCCGUGAUUCGCCACACAGUCUAACAGAAGUCCCUUUUAUACCCGAAACUCAUAGUAGCUCUCAAACGCCCACUUCAACCACUGCCAAUUCGGUAAAUGUUGCUGGUAUUGGGCCAAAUGGCGGCGGCGGUCCCAGUGGAGGCAGCAGUGGUGGCAGUGAUAUUUCACCCGACAAUGAACAUGGAUUAAUGGGAAAUACCAAUAAAAUUGCUUCGGCAACGAUCAAAUGGUUAUCACGGAAUUAUGAAACAGCCGAGGGCGUAAGUUUACCAAGAUCUACACUAUACAAUCAUUAUAUACAACAUUGCAACGAGAGUAAAAUCGAACCGGUUAAUGCCGCCAGCUUUGGGAAAUUAAUACGCUCAGUGUUUUCGGGUUUGCGUACAAGACGUCUGGGUACCAGAGGAAAUUCCAAAUAUCACUAUUAUGGUAUACGCAUUAAACCGGAAUCAAUACUAAAUCAUAUGAUGGAUGAAAAACCCAACGCAUUCCAACACACACACCAUCAACAUCAUCCACAUUUGAAUCCAGCCAAUUUGACGUCGGAUCAAGCAAAUGCCAUGGUGGCGUGUAGUUCCAGUGGCAUUGUAUCGUCGGUCGGCGCACCUGGUGUGCAUACGUCCAAUAAUAGUGGCGGCAAUAACGGUGGAGGUCUCCAUCACAACAGGGGAGGCAAAAAACAACAUACCUUUAAGUCGGAAACGCAUGAGGCUUGUGGACAUUUUUUGGGCAACGGUUCGGGAGCUAUACCACCCUUUCCUCCCAUAGAAUUGGACAACACCUUUGACAGUGAAUUGACACCGGAAGACGUGGAGACAUUCCGUUCCAUGUAUCGUGAACAUUGUGAAAAUUUCCUAGAUGCAGUGCUCAAUUUGGAUUUUAAUACCAUAGAAUUUUUGUGGCGUGAUUUUUGGCGCGAAAACCCCCAAGUAGAUGAGUGUCACGAAGAGGACAAGUAUUUAAGUAAAACCAAACUUUAUUUGCUCUGCCAUUGCGCUGGUGUUCAGAAAUUUGUAAGAGAGGUUGAUUACAUAUUCUAUCAGAAUAUGGUGGAUGUUAUUAUACCCGACGUUCUACGUUCCAUACCCAACUCUUUGACCCAGGCCAUACGAAAUUUUGCCAAGAAUAUGGAAAUUUGGCUAUGCGAAUCAAUGAUUGGGGUACCGGAACGUAUGGUCCAAAUUAAAUCGGCUGCUGUAUCGGCAUUUUGUCAAACCCUAAGACGUUAUACUUCCCUCAAUCAUUUGGCCCAGGCCGCCAGAGCUGUUUUGCAAAAUAAUUCACAAAUCACUCAGAUGUUGAACGACUUGAAUCGUGUGGAUUUUCAUAAUGUUCAGGAACAAGCUGCAUGGGUAUGUCAAUGUGAACCAUCACUAGUGCAACGACUGGAGAAUGAUUUCAAGACAACACUACAGCAACAAUGUUCCCUCGAACAAUGGGCAGCAUGGUUACAAGUUGUCGUUGACUCAGUGCUGCAAGAACAUUUCGGCAAACCCAGUUAUGCCAAAGCUGCACGGCAAUUUCUUCUCAAAUGGAGUUUUUACAGUUCAAUGAUAAUCAGAGAUUUGACAUUGCGAUCAGCAUCCAGUUUUGGUAGUUUUCAUUUGAUACGAUUACUAUACGAUGAAUAUAUGUUCUAUUUGAUAGAACACAAAGUGGCAGAGGCCCAUCAGAAGACAGCCAUUGCAGUGAUAUGUGACUUGAAGCAAAAAGAUGUUGAGUUUGAUUUUGGUUAUCAAUUGGAGUUCAUUACUUCGGAUUCAAUGUCAUCGGAACGUGGCACAGCAAAACGCUUGAAACAUGAAUGAGUUGUGUGGCAAUCGAAAUUGGCCUGUACCCUGGGAUGAUGUUGAUAACGAUCUGAAGGAUAUUCUUUGGAAUGUGAUCCUUCAUUAAAUGCACCAAUUGAAAUAUGUACCUCUGCUAGGUUUAUAUUUUAUAUUAUUUAUGUUCACACAAAUGUAUAUAGCUCUAAUAUAUGUGUUUGUAUAUAUAUAGGAAAACAAUAGGCAUACAUAUAACGUAGAUUAAGACAGAGAUGGUUCCCUGUAGGGAUACAUAAGUCGACUUUUAAUUAAUCGGCUUUUGAUUUUGAAAUAUUUAAAACAAGGUUGACUUUUGCCUUCCGUGAAUACAGGAAAGUUAACUUUUUAUAAUUAAUUUUGAGAACAUACAUUUUUAAUUUUCAUUCGAGCCAAAUACUAUGCAAUGAGUUAAGCCUUAUUUAGACAGAACAUGUUUUCGUAAAACGUGUUUUUUGGAGGUCAGUGUGUAAGGCGAUUAAUGUGAUUU